CACCAUGAAGCUUUUCACAGGCCUCAUGUUCUGCGCCUGGGUCCUGGGAGUCAGCUGCGUGGACUUUUUUGAUUUCGUGCGCCAGGCUUAUGACGGGACUAAAGACAUGGCGAGAGCCUACUCUGACAUGAGAGAAGCCAAUUUCAAAAACUCAGACAAAUACUUCCAUGCCCGGGGGAACUAUGACGCUGCCCGAAGGGGACCUGGUGGGGCCUGGGCUGCUAAAGUGAUCAGUGAUGGCAGAGAGGCUUAUCCAAGAAUCACCGACUUUCUUAAGCAUGGAGACAGCGGCCAUGGAUUGGCAGACUCACUGGCCGACCAGAUAGCUAAUGAACAUGGCCGGAGUGGCAAAGACCCCAAUUUCUUCAGACCUCGUGGCCUGCCCGACAAGUACUGAGCUCCUUCGCUCUGCUCUCAGAGGACGGGGCUCUGAGCCCCCCAACUACAAGGCCCCCGAGUCAUUGAGUUCCACAUUCCCAGAUGUUGACAGAGGGCACACAAUAUCCUUCUAAUAAAUGCUCAAGAGUUUGAAUGUUGAAAA